GUGUGCUGACCAUGCUGAGCCCGCCCGUCUCCGAGACCCCUCUGCAGGAGCAGUUUUAGGCUUUGCUGUGCAGCUCCAUGGACCCGGACCCCCAUGCCAGCAUGCAGGUGGGGAUGAGGGUAGUGCGUGGAGUGGACUGGAAGUGGGGCAGCCAGGACAGCGGCGAGGGCAACGUGGGCACCGUGGUGGAGAUCGGCCGCACGGGCAGCCCCACCACGCCCGACAAGACCGUGGUGGUGCAGUGGGAUCAGGGCAACAGGACCAACUACCGCACGGGCUUCCAGGGGGCCUACGACCUGCUGCUCUAUGACAACGCCCAGAUAGGUGUCCGUCACCCCAACAUCAUCUGUGACUGCUGCAAGAAGCACGGCAUCCGCGGCAUGAGGUGGAAGUGCAAGCUGUGCUUCGACUACGACCUGUGCACCCAGUGCUACAUGAGCAACAAGCACGACCUGGCGCACGCCUUCGAGCGCUACGAGACCGCGCACUCCCAGCCGGUCCUCGUGAGCCCUCGGCAGAAUCUGACUCGCAUCACCCUGAAAGGGACAUUCCAGGGGGCCAAGGUGGUCCGAGGGCCCGACUGGGAGUGGGGCAACCAGGAUGGGGGUGAGGGGAAGACGGGCCGCGUGGUGGAUAUCCGCGGCUGGGACGUGGAGACCGGCCGCAGCGUGGCCAGCGUCACCUGGGCAGACGGGACCACCAACGUCUACAGGGUGGGCCACAAGGGAAAAGUGGACCUCAAAUGUACUGUGGAGGCUUCUGGGGGCUUCUACUACAAGGAGCACCUCCCAAAAUUAGGGAAGCCAGCCGAGCUGCAGAGGAAGGAGAGCACAGACAGACAUCCCUUCCAGCACGGGGACAAGGUGAAGUGCCUGCUGGACAUCGACAUCCUGCGGGAGAUGCAGGAGGGCCACGGGGGCUGGAAUCCCAAAAUGGCUGAGUUCAUCGGGCAGACGGGCACCGUGCACAGGAUCACGGACAGGGGGGACGUCAGGGUGCAGUUCAACAGCGAGACCCGCUGGACCUUCCACCCCGGAGCCCUGACCAAGCUCAACACCUUUUGGGUUGGUGAUGUGGUCCGGGUGAUAGAUGAUAUGGAAACGGUGAAGCGCUUCCAACCUGGUCAUGGGGAGUGGACAGAUGAGAUGGCACCUACCCUGGGGCACAUUGGGAAGGUGAUCAAGGUCUAUGGGGAUGGAGAUCUGCGAGUGUCAGUGGGGGGACAGUCCUGGACCUUCAACCCUGCCUGCCUGACAGCCUACCAGAGGGAGGAGGAGGCCAACCUGAUGACCACGGAGAGUGCCAAGGAACCCAAAAGCACUUUGGUGACUGUCCUGGAGAAGCUGCUGUCCCAGAGGACAGAGUCAGAGCAUGCAGGGUGCCUGGUCAUUUGUGCAGCCCUCAACAACGCAGCCAAAGUCCGGGAGCUCCUCCAGAAAUACCCAGACAAGGUGGAUGCCAAGAACCAGGGCAGGACUGCCCUGCAGAUUGCCUCUUACCAGGGGCACCUGGAGGUGGUGAAGGCCCUGCUGCAGGCACACGCCAGCGUCGACCUGCGCGACGACGACGGGGACACGGCGCUGCACUACGCGGCCUUUGGAAACCAAGCAGAGGUUGCCCGUGUGCUGCUGGCCAGGGGGGCCAGUGCAGACCUGCUGAACAACGCCAAGUGCACCGCGCUGUUCAUCGCUGUCAGCCAGGGCUUCCCCGAGGUGGUGAGAGCCCUCUGUGAGCUCAGCUGCGAUGUCAACCUCCCAGAUUCCCAGGGAGACACCCCCCUGCACUGUGCCAUCACCCUGGACUACAGAGUGCUGAUUGAGACUCUCACCGAGGUUCCCAACAUCGAUUUCACCCUCCAGAACCGUCAGGGCUUCAACCUGCUCCACUACGCUGCCCUCAAAGGCAACAAGCUAGCCAUCAAGAAGAUUCUGGCCAGGGCUCGGCAGCUGGUGGACUCCAAAAAGGAAGAUGGAUUCACUGCCCUGCACCUUGCUGCUCUCAACAACCACAUGGAAGUGGCUGAAAUUCUCAUCAAAGAGGGUCGCUGCGAUGUCAAUGUGAAGAACAGCAGGAAGCAGAGCCCUCUGCAGCUGGCCGUGAUCCAGGGCCACGUGGCCAUGGUGCAGCUGCUGGUCAGGCAGGGCAGCGACGUCAACGCCGAGGAUGAGGACGGUGACACCGCCAUGCACAUGGCCCUGGAGCGCCAGCAGCUCCUGGCCCUGGCCCUGGAGAAGAGGGACGGGGAGAUGGGAGCCUCCCUCCUGGCCAAGCUGCAGGCUUCUGGCUUCCUGGGAAACGUGGAGCUGAACGUUGGGACUGCCAUUGCCUGCUACUUAGCACAAGAAGGAGCAGACAUUAAUUAUGCAAAUCAUCGGGGAAAGUCUCCUUUGGACCUGGUCACAGAUGGAAGGAUUGUCCAGAUCAUCAAAGACUUCUCCCAGAAAUUCAGGGAUCAGCAGGUUUCCUGUGACAGCUCCCCCAUCACCUGCAGCCUUCGCCGCGUGCACACCACGCCCAACACCAUGACCAACCUCAGCGUGGCCAGCCUGGCAGUGCCCUCAGAGUGCCUGGUCUGCUCAGAGCUGGCCUUGCUCAUCCACUUCUUCCCAUGCCAGCACAGUAUUGUGUGUGAAGAAUGCUCCAGGAGGAUGAAGAAGUGCAUCAAAUGUCAAGUGACCAUAACCAAAAAGCUGAAGCAAGACAGCACGGAGGUGGAGUGCAGCCCCAGCUCGGAGUGCACGGAGCAGAGGAAGCUGAUGGAGGAGCUGCAGAGCCGCUACCGGCAGAUGGAGGAGAGGAUCACCUGCCCCAUCUGCAUCGACGACCAGAUCAAGCUGGUGUUCCAGUGCGGGCACGGCUCCUGCCCGGACUGCAGCACGGCGCUGACCGUGUGCCCCAUCUGCCGCCAGGCCAUCCGCGAGAGGAUCCACAUCUUCGUCUGAGCAUCCUGCUCCACAUCUUCAUCUGAGGAGGAUCCACAGCUUCGUCUGAGCAUCCUGCUCCA